CAGAGACUGUCUAUAGUAUCAUGUUGAGGUCAUGCCGACAUUUUCGUCUGUCGCACGUUGUGAUAUAUUCCUAAUUGAAGAAUAUUGAGCGUGAUAAGUGAAACGAAACUUCAGAAAAAAUGUCUUUAUGUUUACGUACUCUUCCAAACAAGUUAACAUCUUUUGUUAAUACAAGAAAACAAGUAACGAAAAUCGACCGUCACUUACUGAAACAUGUUACAUCGUCUCUGUUAUUUAAAGAGUUUUUGGGUACGCAAACAGCAGCAUAUACAAGAAUGAAUUGUAAAGAAAAAUCUUUAAAUCCUACAAUUCAUUCGGUACAUCAACAUUUAUUUGCAAAUUAUAUGGAUACUUGUGUAAAGUGGCCAAAAACAUUAAAUAAAACGUGUGACUGGAAUCAAGAGCAAACAUUAUUGUUGCAACAACAGAGACAAACAAAUACUAGAACAUUGGAUGCAUGUAAUAUUAAUGUUGGAAAUAACUUUGUACUCGAUAGUACAAAAUGGUCGGAACCUUACAUAAAUUCUAAGUACUUGCAUAGAAAUAAGAAGUCUUGUAUAUUUAAUACUAAGAUGCUCUCAGUUAGCAGAACUAUAGACAAUGAUUUAUUUAAUCCUGAAAAGCAAAGAAUCUUAUAUACAGAAUUGUCCCCUAAUAAACAAAAUGUAAAUGAAAAGGCAUCUCCAAAGGAUCGUAAACCAUCUGAAGCACAAUUGCAACAUGUAUUUGAUACUCUUAGCAAAGAAUUACCUGCACUGUUUAUUAAAACAAUGACUUAUGAAAUGUAUACACAGGAUAUAAUAUUUAUAAACAAUAUUCGAGGAACAUCAACUACGGGUAUUAUUAAUUAUGUAAAACAAAUUGCAUUCUUAAAAAUACUAGGACAUAUAAAGUUUGCCUAUGUUAAAUUUGAUAUUUUAAAAAUAACUAUGCAUCCAGAAGAUAGUAGUGUUAAAGUUCGUUGGCGAAUAAUAGGUAUUACCGGUACACACGUAUUUCUUCAAUUUUGGAGAGUUAAAAUUUGGCGGAUGAAACAACAUAUACGAGAUCAAAAUUCGUGGUAUGACGGUUUUUCUACGUUUUAUGUUAAUAAUGACGGUAAAAUAUUUAAACACGUUGUCGAUAAAAUGAUGCCAGAUCAAGAAUAUACAAAACCAUCUAUAGAGGCAAAAUUAGCUUUGUUUGCAUCAUUGCUAAAUUUAGAUUCCUAUAAUUUCAGUAAACUUUGUUCAAAAAUGAAAUUUCGUGUCAGUCAAAUAAAAUGAAAUAAACAAAUGUAAAAGAAUUUGCGGAGUUACUAUCCUAAAUAAGAAGUAAUUCAUGUAUCAAAGCACAUUAUCUGUUUAGAUAUAUCACUUGAAUAUAUCUGUGAAACUACACGUGCGAAUAAACACAUGG